UCGUCAUUGUGACAGCAGUGAGGAAGAUACAUUAACUUCACGUGAUCACAGGAGCAGCCAGAAACCUCUUUAGCAUUAUCGACAUCUUGCCAAACAGGUCGCAAUGGUCCAGAAAUUCGAGGUGGAAGGUUUUGAUGCCUUUGUGGAGAAAGUUGAUUCGUUAAAGACCUCAGGGAACCCGAUCUUCGUACUGUUCUCUGGCUCUAAGGAUGCCAAUGGGAAGAGUUGGUGUCCGGACUGUGUGGUGGCUGAGCCAGCCAUCAAGGCAGCGCUGGACAAAGCCCCUGAGGAUGCUGCCUUCAUCUACGUGGGUGUGGGUAAUCGAGACUUCUGGAAGGACAAAAAAUGUGUGUUCCGUACUGACGCCCGCACCAAGCUCAAGUGUGUCCCAACCCUCAUCAAGUAUGGAGGCCCUCAGCGCCUGGAGGAGGAGCAGUGUGCCCAGGCUGACCUGCUCGAGAUGCUCUUUGAAGAUGCUUAAUUGGUUGCCUCUGCAUGUGGGUGUUGAUUUUCGGUCACCUUCAGCCACUUUCAUUAUUUCCCAUCUCUUGAUUUAUUUCAGAAAUUUAAGUUCGAUAGUUAUAUUUAAAUUAGCACAUAAUAAAUAUUUGUCUUUAUAUGAAGCACUUGGCAUAAUGUUGCAAUUUGUUACAAGAACCUGUUUUUACAAUGCCAAAAAUUACUUAAUGUAGUAUAUUGGGCAAGUUUUUGAGCUAAGGAAUAAUUCUUCUACAUUGUAAACUUCUAUGCCAUUUUAUACUCUUUAGUUGCUAUACUUUCCUCAUAUUAAUAAUUACAGUCUUUAUUUAAAAAAUGCCAUAAUGCAUACCCUUGAAAUGCAUUUGUAUCUUCAGUUCAGGAAGAACUCGAAGAUUUCAGUAAAGACUGCAUGCAAAGAAAAGAUCUCUGUAAAGAAUGCAUGCAAAGCAGCAGAUAAAUGCAAUACAAUAUACUGUAGUACUAUAACAAUUCUGCAAUUGUUAUAACACUAGACAAUGGGUUCACCCAUUAAUUGUUUUGUCCAAAAGUAAAAGUAUUUAUUGGUCUGGAAUUGGACAGUUCAUUUAUAAAUUGUAAAAUCAUAACAGUUUUGUAACUUGGUAAUUUACAUAGGAUACUUUAAACAGUAUUUUGCAAAUAUAGUUAAUACAGUUCAUGCAGUGGGCCAUUUUACAUGUAGCCAAUUAAAGUCUCACAAUUUUAAAGUAGGAAAUACUGUACAACCAUAAAACAGCAUAAAUCUAUAUCCGUUUAAACAUUAAAAGUUUGAGUUGCAUAAAUAUAUGUAUUCAAUUUUUUUUUUUUUUAAUUUUACAUGUUGGCAUUGAGAAUGUUUUAACCAACUGCGUUAAUCAUAACGUUUGCUUUGGUUAUUCGGGACACCCUGGUGUGUAAAAAUACAAGGUUUCCAUUAAAACAAAAUACUAUAAAUUAGACUAAGCAGACCUGCUAUGCUAAAAAUAAGAUCUUAUCAUGACAGUAGUAUUUUAUACUUGAUGAAAUGUGUUAUAUACAAUACUGUAAUAAAAUGUUAGUAACA